AUGGUUGCGCUCCGGCCUCUUCUGGCCGCUUUUGCUAGCACUGCCUUGUUAGCCCAGUCCGCGAUAGCGCAUUCGUUGAAGAGAAGUCCUCUCAACUACGUGUCUGUCAUUGACAAUGUCAAGAUCCACACACCUGCCGGUCGAGUUCAUUCGCAUUCCGACUUUGACCUGACCUUCUCCUUCAACGGGGGAGAAGAGAAAGUCCGACUAUCGCUUCACCCGAACCACGACAUCCUCCACGAUGACUUUGAGGUGACGUUUCUCGACUCGGAAGGAAAGGUCAAGUCGAGAGAAAAGGUGGAACGUUCCGAGCACAAGGUCUACCGAGGCGACGCCUUUGUUGAACGUCCUGGCGAAGAUGGCUGGUCCCUCGGUGGAUGGGCGAGGAUAACGAUGCACCGCGAUGGUAAACAUCCGGUAUUUGACGGCUCUUUCCGCAUUGACGGCGAUAACCACCACAUCCAUACUGGCUCCAAGUACAACAGCCUCAAGACCGAAGACGAUCCCCUCCCUUCAGACUGGGAGGAGAUACAUGAUCACGAUGAAGUCAUGGUUAUAUGGCGUGACUCUGAUGUUCAAGGCUCCCAGAGUCGCGAAGACCUGAAGCGCGACGUCUCGAAGCCGUCAGACUGCAUCUCAGACUCGCUAAACUUUAACAACCAGUUUGACCUGGAGCUGAGGCGAUCAACUGGGCUUCGAGGGAUUGACCCGAGAAGCCUGUUCGGCCGCCAAAUCGAUGGAGGCUCCGGUGGUAGUGGCCAGGAUCUCAUUGCGAGUAUUGGAGAUACAGCUGGAUGCCCCACUACCAAGAAGGUUGCGUUGGUCGGGAUUGCUACUGACUGUACUUAUUGGAACGGCUUCAACUCUUCCGAGGAUCUUAGGAGAAACGUCAUCGGCAUAGUUAACCAAGCCUCCCAAGUCUAUGAAAACUCCUUCAAGAUCUCCUUGGGCAUCAGAAACCUGACGGUCCUCGACCGUGGCUGCCCAGGCGCACCCUCCACUGCCACACCCUGGAACGUGGAUUGCCAGGCCAACACCACCAUUAGCGACCGGCUGAACCUCUUCUCUGCCUGGCGCGGUAGAUCUCUCGAUGGUAAUGCCUACUGGACUCUGUUGACUACGUGUCCCACAGACUCGGCUGUUGGGUUAGCCUGGAGGAGCCAGGUAUGCCGUCAGGGGUCGGGGACCAGUUCGGACGGGCAAGGGAACAACGAGACCGUCGCUGGCGCCAAUGUCGUCGUGCGAACUUCGACAGAAUGGCAAGUGUUUGCCCACGAGUCGGGACACACUUUUGGAGCCGUCCAUGACUGUACAAGCUCUGCUUGCCCCGUAAGCCAAACAUCACAAUCGUGCUGUCCGCUCAGUGCCAGCACCUGUGAUGCUGGGGGUCGGUACAUCAUGAACCCUUCCACUGGCACCGGCAUCACCCAGUUUUCCCCAUGCAGCAUCGGCAACAUCUGUUCCAGCCUCAAAGCUGCAUCUCUGUCAAGCUGCCUAACAGAUAACAGGAACGUCCCAACCAUUACAGGUAGUCAGUGUGGCAACGGUAUUGUCGAAGAAGGCGAAGAAUGCGACUGUGGUGGCACUCAGGGCUGCCAGAACAACACAUGCUGCAACCCCACGACUUGCAGGUUUAGGAACAACGCCGUAUGCGACCCGUCCAACGAAGACUGCUGCACCGACCAGUGCCAAUUCGCAAACUCGACAACGGUAUGCCGUCCCAGCACUGGCGAGUGCGACAUUCAGGAGACGUGUCCAGGCACCGCAGCCAGGUGUCCUGACGACCAGCACAGGGCAGAUGGCGACACUUGUGGCAGCGGUAACGGUCUCCAGUGCGCUUCGGGCCAGUGUACAUCUCGCGAUAGGCAGUGCCAGGCCGCCGUUGGUACCACGGCCGACAAUAGCUCGACGACUGCAUGCCCUGAUACACGAGACAGCUGCACUGUUUCCUGCUCGAACGGACAAUCUACUUUUGGGCAGCGUCAAUGCCUCUUGUUUGGCCAGAACUUUAUCGAUGGAACGCCCUGCGGCGCUGGUGGACACUGCUCGAACGGAUCAUGCGAAGGCACCUCGACGUCUCGAGAGAUUAGAGAUUGGAUCGAUAGUCACAAGCAGAUUGUCAUCCCCAUCGCCGUUGUCGUUGGAAUUCUGCUCAUCAUCGUAGUGGCGAGCUGUAUCAUCAGCUGCUGCCGCCGUCGAAGACGCGCAGUGCCCAAGACUUCUUCACCCCCGUCAGCAGCAUGGACGCAGUGGGGAGGCAACCAGAGCCGUGGACCGGGGCAACAGUUUGGCGUAGCCCAACCUCAGUACGAUCCACCGCCGCCGGCCUAUGGCCAACAGCAGCAGCCUCCGGAAUACGGACAGCCGCCGAAUCAGGGGUGGAGGCCGAGAAUAGAGCGGUAUGCCUAA